AUGCAGGUGAGCAUGCGGUCGUGCGAGGCAACCAUCUUGCUGCGCGCAGAGCACGCGCCCUCAGAGCUGCCGCCGCCCGAGCCUCCACCUGCUCCCUCUCACUCUGUCCCCUCCUUAUCAUAUCCUUUUGCUUCCGCUUCUUCCACGUCUUUCGUUCAGCGUCCCGUUCCCACCAGUGACCUCCGUCGUUUUCGCAUCCAGCGGCCGCUCGCUUGCAACGGCCAGUUAGUGUGUGGGUCAACAUUCGCACCGGAAACAAAACCAAACAUCUUGGGAGAUCUGUCUACCGUAAAACAGGAGAAGGGUGAGACUAACGGCUAUGGGGCUUGGCUUUGUAGCUCGAAACUCCGGCAGCUUCUCGAGUUAAAACCUAAGGACGAAGACGUAAAGAGUGAAAUCACUCAUACGGUUGGCGCAAUUAAGAUCGAAUCGAACGGUGUGACGAGGGGUGAAUUCGGUGUGGACAAGAAGUGUAAAGUGCAGCUGCCAAUUGAGGACUGGAGAGAUUCCAGUGUUUUAAAAACCGAAGUGAAAGUGUCGUGUAAAAGUGUAGUGCCGUACUCGCCGCAAGUGCCCAGUGUAGAUAGGAGGUGUAAAGUGCAGUUGCCCGUUAGAAACUGGAGAGAUUGUAGUGAAUUGAAAAGUGAGAUUAAAGGGCAGUUUAGAAGUAUGGUAGCAGGGCGCCUGGAAGCUACGGAGUAUAGAGGCGCCUGUAAAGUGCAGUUGCCUGUUGCGGAGUGGAGCAGUGAGCGGGGGCCGGGGCAGCAGGGGCAGCGGCAGCAGGAGGCCGACGAGUGUGCGGCGCUGGCGGCCAUGUUCACGCGGCGUGCGGUGCUGGCGUGCCGCGCCUCGCUGUACCCCGGGCUGCACACCAUCCUGGCGGGUGCGUGCGCCUGGUGCGCGCGGCACUUCGCGGCGCGCCGCUGCCUGUGGUACGGGCCGCCGCCGGACGCGGGCGCGCCGCGCGUGUACCGCGUGGUGCGCGGCCGCCGCUACCUGUGCGCCUGUUGCCCCGACUCGUGCGGCGCGCCGCUCACCGACGACGCGGGCUGGUACGGCAAGGGUUACCGCAAGGGACGACGCCGCCGGAAACCGUGA